AGUAUCGCCCUUUCCUGCGACAUUUCGUUUCCUGUGCAUGUUUCCCGUCGGCAGGUCCUCGUCGGCCAAGCUGUUCUCCGGGAUCAGGACGAGCAGCCGUGUGCGGGACGGCAAGCUGCUGCCUCGUCCGUCUGAGGGCUAGCCCGGAGAACAACAGAUCCUCGCGCUCCAAAGUUCCGAGGCCGUCGGUCAAUUGCCCGAUGCCUGCCUCGGGCAGCCACCCCGGGCAAUCGUUCGGGACACGCAGCCGUGGUGGGCAAGAUCGACGGCGAUCACGCCUACCGCCGGCAAUACACACGUGCAUGGCCCCUUCCUUUCCCCAUGCCCACAUUCCACACGAGGCCGGAACCUUGCCCAGGUGACGGUGAUGAACGGCGGCGCAACGUCGCCUCGUUGGGGGCUCGCACGUGAGGAUGAGCUGUUUUGCUACCAUGGCAUUCUUGUGGGGAUCCCCCUUGGCGGGACUCGAUCUGUGUGUCGUCGCUGAUCUCGUUUCCCGGGAGCGGCCCGUAUCUGGUCUCCCCACAUCCGCUCAGCCCAAGCCGGUCCACGGAAGUUCGAGCUUCAUCACCUCGAGAGGCUUUUCGUAUUACCGCUCACGAUGGCGUUCUCAUCGCAGAUCUUCCUCACCUCCACAGGCAAGCCCGACAUCUCCAGCAAGUUGAAAGUGGACAGGCCAAACUUCAUCAGUUCUUCGUGCCUGAUCAGCUCGACCAUGACUCGCCGGGAUCUCGACAAGAACACGACCAUAGUCGCUUACUCGCAGAAGGAUUCGUCCCUGGCCCAUGAGACAUAGUCAAGACGCCCCUCCAUUG